AUGAGUCGCUGUGAGCCCCCACCAACGGCGAUCCCGCCAAUGAAAGACCUGACAACCGAAAACAUCACCGAAAACGUACACAUCGUCAACUCACAAUGCCGCGAUCCACGUCUACGAUACCUUCUCUCAUGCAUAGUCACCCAUCUCCACGAGUUCUGUCACGAAACACGGCUAUCUACGGAGGAAUGGCAAUCGGGGAUCCAAUUCCUGACUGAAAUUGGCCAGAUCAGUGACGACCUACGGCACGAGAUGAUUCUUCUUUCCGAUACGCUGGGCGUGAGUCUUCUAGUUGACUCGAUCAAUCAUCCACGACACGAGCCUGCGACGGAAGGCACGGUUCUGGGGCCAUUUCAUACGCACGAUGCAAAAGAGAAAGACAAUGGAGCUGUUCUGCACAAUGAUCCCGACGCGACGCAAUUGCUCGUUGUUUGCUCGGUAAAAGAUACAGAUGGGAAUCCUAUCUCGGAUGUCAAGAUUGAUGUGUGGGAAGGAGAUUCGAAGGGAUUCUACGACGUGCAGGAUCCGAACCGGACGGGUCCUGACGGGCGCGGUGUGUUGCAUUCUGAUAGAGAUGGCCACUUCUUUUUCAAAGCCAUCGUGCCCGUUCCUUAUCCUAUUCCCAUGGAUGGACCUGUGGGGAAGAUGCUUCGGGCACUUGAGCGCCAUCCGAAUCGUCCUGGACAUGUGCACUUUAUGCUUGAUAAGCCUGGCUACGACCUGUUGGUAACGGCUCUCUAUCCUCGCGGAGAUCCGUAUGAGACAUCAGACCCGGUUUUUGGAGUUAAAGAUUCUUUGAUCGUGGACUUGUCCAAGGUGACAGACCCGGCUAUGUCAUCUCAGUAUGACGUUGAGAUGGAUACUCCAUUGCUCAAAUAUGACUUUGUCCUUUUGACGGAUCAGCAAGCCCGGGAGUUGCGCAAGCAGAGGGCUAUUGAGGAGAUGCAGAAACAGAAGCGGAAUGUGGUUUGGCAUAAUGGGCUUCCCGUGCCUGCAACUGAGGGUCAAUAG